UAGUAUAAUAGUCGUUGACAUUUUGCCAUCAUGUAGUUCCGAAAGCCAUGGCCUUUUUGAUGAGCAUGUCACUUAAAUAGCACUGCGGCUCAAAGCUCGCGCAUCUUGAUAUCAUUCCGAAGUCAGACUCAAGCCCACACUAGAACCAAAAUCAGUACUCAUUACCAUCCUAUUACAAAGAACCACCUUCAUCUCAGCUGCUGUCAUAGUCAUGGCCAGCCUCUCAACCUGUCCCCCCCUGACCAGGGACGAGGUCAUCCAGGCCCGCCAACUAAUCAGGUCACACAUCCAUCUAACUCCCGUAUUGACGAACAAGACACUGAGCCGAAUGGCAUCAACACCAAGAGACCCUGCCACGAUCGGCGGUCGUACACCCGCGAGACCAACCAUCCGACUCUGGUUCAAAUGCGAAAACAUGCAACGCACCGGCGCCUUCAAAGCCCGCGGGGCCUUCCACGCCAUAAAGAGACUCCAACAGGAGCCCGGAUGGCUCGAGAGCGGCGGCAAGGAGAAGGGCGUCGUAGGGCACAGCGCCGGUAACCACGCCCAAGCCCUCGCCCUAGCGGCCGCAGAAGACGGCAUCACCUCUCGCAUCGUGAUGCCGACCACGACGCGCCCGAACAAGAUCGCAGCGACGAAAGGCUACGGCGCCAUCGUCGUCUUCUCGGGGCCGGGAUUCGCUGGCCGCGAGGCCGUCGCGGCCGAGAUCGUCGCCGAGACGGGCGCCAGGCUUGUGCCGCCUCACGACCACCCGGACGUCAUCCUCGGUCAAGCGACGGCGGGACUCGAGUUCCAGGAGCAAGUUUUGGAGCAGCAGCAGCAGCAGAACUCCAUCGAGGAGGGAGGAGGACGACGAAAAGGUCUCGACGCCAUCAUCGCGCCCUGCAGCGGCGGCGGCCUCCUCUCCGGCACGGCCCUCAGCUGCGAAGGCACCGGCAUAAAAGUCUUUGGCGCGGAGCCCGAGUUCGAGGGCGCCGACGACGGGCGGAGGGGGUUCUACUCGGGUGCGAGGAUCACCGCCCACAACCAAACCCCCAACACGGUGGCAGACGGCCUCGCGGGCGCCGUCAGCGCCACGCCGUGGGGCCUGAUCUACGAGCGGGGCUUGGUGCGCGGCAUGUACGCCGUCACCGAGGAGGAGAUCCUGUCGGCGACGCGGCUGCUCCUGGAGAGGCUCAAGAUGUGGGUCGAGCCGAGCGCGGCGGUGCCGCUGGCUGUUGCGUUGUAUAACGAGGAGUUUCGGGGCGUGGUGGAGAGGGAGGGUGGUGUGGAGGGGUGGGAUCUGGGGCUUGUUGUUAGUGGUGGGAAUGUUGAUGUUGAUGGGGUGGUGAGGCUCUUCUCGUAGGCGCGAGACACUUGGAAGAGGGGAGGUGAAAAGAUGAAGGUGGUUGGCAAUGUGUGAAAACUCAUAUGUGACGUUCAUUGGAAUACGAUCACGGAUAGUACUUGCAGUGUCAUGUCCAUUUUGUCUGUUCUCUUCGCCAGCCAAGAGCAUCACCGACUUGUCAGGGCCACAGACGCAAGCUUUGCCACAUCCAAACUAUCGAGAGAGAUAGACCGCCGCGAGCACACUGUGGAGAAGACGGGAUACGUGAGAAAAGAUGGCCAUCGUGACGCCGACCUGUUG